AUGCCACGUGAGAUCGCCGAGGUUGCCAUUAACCGAACGGUUUCGGACAUGUUCCAACAGAUUGAGAUUCUCUACAAGGCCUCGCUCGUCGAGUCGUCCAUCGCCUUUUCCGAUUUCUGGGGUUAUUCCGACCCAGACAUAAUCGAAAAACUUGAGAACAACCAGCUCUCUGAUGUUCGUGGCGAGCGAGAAAUCCUGGCCGUCCAUAUGACAAACGCCGCCUACCUAACGGAGCGUUGGAACGACGCCCUCUGGCUUCAAAUGGAUCGCUGGGAGAAGCUCCCUAAUCCGGUACCCGCAGAGUCAAUUGCAACCGGAUCCGAACGAGCCGAGGCGCGCAAGCGAGACGUGGGACCCGGUGACUGGAAAAGGUCAGCUGCGGACACCAGGAACCGUGAGAACAAGCAGCAGCAGCCUAGCUUCGAUCUAGAGCCCCUCCUAGCACCCUUUCCCCGCCGGCAGAGCAUGGAUUUUAAUGGCUUCAACUUCGUCCGAGAAGUCCUCAUCGAGGGACAAUUCCGGGGUGCUGGGUUCACGGACAUGCUAGGACGUGGCCAAAGGGCCAUGGAAAGCCUCAUGUACUACGAUGAAGCAUGGAGACCUUGUUCCGAGGGCGACCUUGACGCAGCACCGCGCCUCUUUAGCCAGCGCAAAUCUAGCAACGAGAACGGGACAUGCGCUUCUCCCGACAACUUCUUUUGGGACACACCAUUCCUCCUCGGCAACAAGGCGGCGCACACCCUCGCUCGCUUCGCCGCUACCGAAGCCAGCAUUCGCCUCUCUUUAUAA